AUGGGAGUCAGCACAGCCUUCCUCAUCGCUUUGAUCACCCUCACUCUUGUCAACUACGCUACUCCAGCGCUCGCAAUCAAGAAGGCUGUAAUCGACGAUGCGUCCUCAGAAGCCACCGCAAGUCUCCACAUUCGUGGCGGCGUUCCCGAGGCGAGACGGCUGAGGACUCACGACUUAAUCAAGGCAUCCAGCAGCCAAGUAAUGGACACUUCAUCAGGCGCUGUCGAAGAAAGAGCGCUCGGAAGCGGCCUCAGCAAACUCGCCCAGAAGCUGAAAAAAUCUCCAAGCGCUCUCGUCAAGCUCCUCAAAAAGCUGAAAGAGCGUUUACCGGAUACUUCGGCCAUGCUUGAUCACUUGAACCAUGUGCUCUUCAGCAUAAUAUAG